UUUAUAUUUUUGCUGUUUUCUAGGAUAUUUGGAAGUGUGAUGUUGCUCUAAAUGCACAAAUAUCAUUAGUCCUAGUCCCUCUUCACACAGUCCGGCAUCCCACCACCAGCCCCUCAAACGUGCAUCCCUCCUCUCUGUCGCCUGACUCACCCACCCUUUUGCCCCACUUACUUCUGUCGAUCAAAAAAACCCACUAAUUUUAUCCAAUUUCAAGCAAUUUUCUUACCCAAAGUUAAUUUCUUGAAUAUUCUAUGUGCAUGAUUUCUUAAUUUUCUGCAUACUUUAUUUGUGUAAUUCAUGCAUUGAAGUUGGGGCUUAAAUUUUUUUCAUGGGUUUGCAAUUCUAGAUUGUGUUUUUCCUGAAAAUGCAUACUAUGGAAUCAAUUUAACCAAUUAUUCCACAGAUUGAACGAAAUUGACUGAAAUAGAACAAAAAUCCUGGGGUUUUGAUUGGGUUGAUAAGCAGCAGAUAUCUAGGGUUUUAAAUAGUGAUGGAUUCGAAACCCGAGACGGGGAAUGCUUUUGGGGGUGGAGCAGUUGAUGUUGGUGUAGGCAUGUUGAGUAAUAUGCAAAGCUGUUCACAGUUAUCAGGUCUCAGUAUUACAUCUGAAACUUCUGCCCUUAAUUUUGUGUAUCACAGAAAGAGGGUUUCUAAGAACCCUGUUCCUGUUUUCCCAACCCUAUCACCUGAUAAUAUUACUUUUGUCUAUGAAAGAAGAAAGAAUCAAAAGAGUGUAGCCACUAAUUUUACAGCUAUGGUCUCGGAAAACUCGUUACCUAAUGGUGCCUGUACUUCGGGUAUCAGAUCAGAUAAUGAUGCCAUUGCCAUACCCCUGGGCACAAGAAAAAGAGGAUUAAAUGAAAGGGAGGCUACUAGGGUUUUUUCAAUAGAACAACCAUUGACAACAUCGGAGGCAAUUGAUGGUUAUGUGACUGAGGACCGUGGCUUUGAUGUAAAAGACAAGAUGCACAAGGCUUUUGAGUUGUAUAGUGUAGAUGAUAGUUGUUCAUCGUCGAGGCUUGAUAUGGACAGUGGUUCGUCUCCGCUGAAGAAUAAAGUAGAUGACACUGAUGAGUGUUCAUCCUCUGGUGCAGUUGUUGUAGAUGUGACGGGAAAUGACCAAUCGAUAUCGGUUAAGGGUCUUUGUGUUUCUAUUCUUCGAAGUCAUGGCUUGUUGUCUGAUUCUGGGUCAAAUAGAUCUGGUACUUCUGAGGAAGAUGCUCCAUCAUGUAGUGGCAGUAGUUGUUCUCGAACUUGUAAUGUUUGUAGUCGAAUCGGUACAGCAGACACAAACAUGCUAAUUUGUGAUGAGUGUGAGAAAGCCUUCCAUAUAUCAUGCUUCAAUCCGUGCAUAAGAAAGAUUCCGACUGAUGAUUGGUACUGUCAACCGUGCUCUAAAAAGAAGCAUAACUUGUUAAAAGAGAGAGCAGUAAGAAAGUCAUCAAUUAUCAGGACUGAUAAGGGCUCUGUGACAUCUGAAGGAGAUUUCAGUCCAAUAGCACUGAUGCUAAAUGAUUCUCAGCCUUACAUAACUAGUGUCCGGGUUGGUAAAGGAUUCCAAGCAUUCGUUCCUGAGUGGUGUGGACCUGUUACACGGGGAGUCAGUUUCUUUUCUGAACCAAUGGAGUUGGAUCCAUUGCUAUCAGUCAAUUUUCCGGGACCUAAAUCUGGCAAACCUCAUAAGGCCUUUAUUGGUAAUUGGCUUCAGUGUAGAGAUGUCAUUGUUGGCAUGGGAGACAACAUUGAUGGAACUAUAUGUGGAAAGUGGCGCAGGGCUCCUCUGUUUGAGGUCCAGACUGACAAUUGGGAUUGUUUUCAUUCUGUUCUUUGGGAUCCAUCUCAUGCUGACUGUUCUGUACCACAGGAACUGGAAACUGAAGAAGUAAUGAAGCAAUUGAAGUACAUUGAAAUGUUGAGACCUCGAUUGGCAGCAAAGAGACGGAAGUUAGACAUGUGUAUUGCUAAUGGCUCUGAGGUGCCGACAGAAGAUGUGAGCAAGUGUACAGGCUCUGUAGAUGCAGCAAGAACUACAUAGUCUUGCUGUGCAACACUGGUGAAUUUAAUUUCAAUUCAUGGGUCUGAUUUUUGUGCACAGGUAUCCUAUGUUUGCUGACCAUGAUGUAAUCAAACCAAAAGCUAGUAUAGUGAACUUGUAAAAAUGGUCUAACUAGUGUUGUUUCUGCCUAUUGAGCUCGUGCAGAAUUGUAGAAUUAUGCCCCCGGUUUUGCUGUGGUUAUAGGGGAUAACAUCUGUGUAUCAAACUUAAUCAAUUCGGAUGUUGAAUGAAUGAAUCAAGGUGACUAAAAACAUCAGCACAUAUAUGGCAACCAUUUAAGCUACUUGAAAUCAGAAUAAUUUAAUUCUUGCUCCA